AUGGGACAUCGAUCUUCCGCAUCCGGAACUGGCAGCAUCCACGAUAAAGAAUCAAAGAAGUGCUUCUGCAACAAAGAAAUGAGACCGAGUCACCCUACAAGAAGAGGCGGUGCUCGUUCGCACGGCUCAGCGCUGCUAUCUCGAAUCACGCUCGCGGAUAUGGCAAAGACGAAGCAAUCAGGAAGGCCAAAGAAGGCUGCUUCCAAACCUCCUCCAGCUACCCGACAGGCCUUGACGCCUACUGUUCCGGCGAAGAAAGCUGCUACGACGAAGAGUGCUGCUCCGGCGAAAAAGGCCGCAUCCAGCGGGAACGCUCUCACUAUGGACAAGUUGAACAAACUCGGGAAGAUUAGGAAAGAAGAACCCGACAGUGAAGAAAAGAAGAAUAGGGCCGACCGCGCAGAGAGAAGAAAAGCAGACGCGGAGAGAACGGCUGCAAGAGGGGCCAAUGCAGCGCAAGGUACUGGGAAGACAGCAGCUCCCUCCAAGGCCACGAAAGCUGCGAAGAGGCGAGCCACGAAGAAGCCAACCACAAAAGGCGGCAAAGCGAAAGCAGCCAAGGUUACCAAGCAGAAGUCUCCACCGCCGUCACGGCCAUCUACGUACAAGAACGCCGAGAAGUACCGCAAAACGGUACAGAAGCUCAUCAGCCAAAUGGAGGCGGACGGUGACGGCGAUUAUAGCGACGUAGUCGAAACUUUGCACGAAGUGGUUACCCGCAGCUUGAAUGGAAUCAUUACUCGACGGAACAAUGAUGUCGAAUCAGACUCGUCGCCGCGCAAGCCUGGGCGUCGCACUCGAGCGAAUGCUGCCGCCGACGAAGAGGACAAGGUGAAGGACGAAGACGUGAAGAACGAAGACGUGAAGGAUGAAGAAGAUGAUGAGUAG